AUGAGUUACUGCCACUGUAGUUCUAAACUUAGCCGCGAAAACAAACGUUUGUAUAAAUUACCGCAAAUAUCGAUAGAAAAUAAACCAUUUAAAUUCGAAACGCAAUUAGCAGUACGAAGAGAGAAAGUUUACGAUAAAACUGACUUACCCAUCGAAUUCAAAGUUACGCCGGAAAGUUUGUUACAUUUAGCCGCUAGAAUAGUGGAUGCACUUCCACUACCAGACGUCUAUCAAUGGACUAAUGAGGAUGUUUGUAAAUGGUUGGAACGGUAUGGUUAUAAACAAUAUGAGCACACUUUUCGGGUAAAUAUGAUAACGGGCCGCCAACUUCUACUAAUUGACGCAGAUGCGUUAUGUGCAAUGAAUAUAAAAAAAUUCAACGACAUUAAACAUCUACUAUAUGGCAUACGUAAACUUUUCUACUUUGAGCUGACUAAUUUUAUGCGGAGUAUCUCAUUGCCCUCGCAACGCUAUCACGAGCUAUAUAAACUAUUUCUGGUGAGAAGUGGCUGCAAGCAAUUUAAACGCUCUGAACUCUUAUGCCAGUUACAAGUUUUGCGUGGAAAACCCAAAUAUCUUCUGCACUGGGAUGUACUCGAACAUUGGAUGUCACUUAUAAGCGAGCCAUUAUACCAGGAGUAAUUAUGUAUGUGCAUGGAUUUAGAAUUAUUUAUUUUAUAAAAUCUUAA